AUGCCAGGCCGGAAGCGCAGCGAUCGGAGCGGUCCGAUACACCGACGGGCCCGAACGGGCUGCAAGACCUGUCGCGCACGGAAGGUUAAGUGCGACGAGGCCAAGCCAACCUGCCGGAACUGCUCGACUCGCGGCAUUGCUUGUGACAAUGGCGUCCAGCUCAAGUGGCACGAAGAAUUCCAGAGCCGUGGGGUAGCUUUCGGCCGGGAAGGCGUGUGGACCAAGGAUCCGGAUCGUCUGCCGGGUCCCGGGUCUCCAUCCUGGACUGUGUCAGCCCCAGUCAGCCGCCUCUGCCUGCCGAUCAUCGGGCCGCAGCACUUUCUGAACACAACCUACUCCGACUUUGACCCUCGCCAUGCUUCACUCCACGAGGCAUCGCCCGGUUUGAAGGAUGUGUUGGAGGAGUCCAGCUCGAAAGCCAUCAUAUUGGCCCCCGUGAAAUCCAUCCCGGGGAGACCCGUUAUCCCGCGAGCCUUGUCACCCUUUUCCAGCCUGGGCGAUCUCGAUACAGGCUUACUGGAAUACUAUCUCAAGCGGUUGUGUCCUUUAACCACCUCAUCACGCAUAUGCCCAUCGCCUUUCGCAGAUCUUAUACAGCCACUUUGCACGACAUCAGGCCAGGAAGAUGUCAUGCGCGCGCUUAUGGCCUUCUCGGCUCGCCACAGAAGCAUCACAGACCCGCGCUGGAGUGAGACUGCUAUGGCUCUCAAAGGUGGAGUCCUUGUCUCUUUGCAGAAACGAUUGUCUUCGCCGGACAGCGCAAGUCUUGGUGCAGUUUUCUCCCACGUCCUGAUCAUCAUGAUGUUUCUCUGUCUGUAUGAGAUCGUCGACAAGUGUGAUCAUCGCUGGGUUAUACACCUACGCGCAAGUCAAGAUAUUAUACGUCGCUGCAGGGCUCUUGGAUUUACCCAUGCCCAAGGCGAUGCUGGUGGCUUAGCCGCCUUCGCCGAGCGUUUCUUUGCAUUUCAAGACGCCAUCAGUCGAACAGCCUGUGGAGAUGCACCCCUAUUCGGCGUUGACUAUUGGGACAACUUGUCGAACAAGACCGAAGUGGAUUCUUGGAUGGGGUGCAGUCCAGAGCUUGCAGGAAUACUAUGCGACAUCACAGAGCUCGGCAGAUCCAAAUCGACAGAAAGCAUCCCAUCAGCGACCUUUUUCGAGACGGCCGAUGUGCUUGAGAGGCGGAUCCACUCCCUGGCAGCUACUACAAGAGUUCCGAAUGACGAUGAACUGAUGCUAUCAGCGGAGUUGAAACGGCUCUCGGCAUCGCUCUACCUCCACUGCGUUCUGUACGAUGCAUCGCCCUCAACGCCCCUUGUAGCGCGUCUGGUGAAGGAUAUCUUAGAACGAAUUCAUCAACUAUUGAGGACCGGCAGCGCAAGAGCAUUGGCUUUCCCAGUGUUCGUUGCUGCGGUGGAGCUGGACGCGACUGACGAUGUGUUGAUAUAUGAUUAUGCAUCAGGCGAAAGCAUACAUGGCAGGCGACUAAUAUUAGAAGCUCUUGACGCGAUGGCUACUCACUCGCUGUCGAACGUCACAAGAACACGCGCAGUUAUCCAAAAAGUCUGGAGAUUGCGCGACAUGGACAUAAACGAUGGCUUUUCUCAACAAGAGGCUAGGGAAGUCAAGUCUGAACAUCGAGCAAACGAUUGGACAACCUUCGUUGGCCCGAACAGUUCCUACAUCAGCCUAGCUUGA